UUUAGAACUAGUUCAAUUCAAAGAAAGAUGGCGUCGAACGAGUCAACAUGUGCAAGUAAAACAGAAAGUUUGCAAGAGGUAGAGUUAGGAUUUGCCGAAAAAACAGAAAGUUGGAGAUUAAGAAGUAAAUAUUUUCCAAGUAAAGUCGGUGGAAAACCUUCUUGGUUGAAUUUGAGAGAUCUUCCGUUGGAGAAACAUUUGGAAUGCAAAUUAUGUCAGAAACCUUUGGUAUUCCUUUUGCAGAUUUACGCUCCUUUCGAAGAAAAUCCAAAUACUUUCCACAGAUCGAUUUUUAUAUUCGUUUGCAAAGAUCCAAGGUGUUGCAAAUCAAAUGAGAAUAAAAACUUUGUAGUGUUUCGCUGUCAAUUACCUCGUGAUAACCAAUAUUACAGUCCGCAGCCUCCGAUUGAGGAAGAAUGCGAUUCUCACAAACCUUCGGCUGAAGAUUUUCGUAAAUUAUGUUGCGUUUGUGGUUGUGUAGGAACCAAACAAUGUUCGAGGUGCCAUUCGGGGGUUUAUUGUAGUCGACAUCACCAGAAAAUUGAUUGGAUCAAGAGACAUAAAUUUCUCUGUGUGGAAAAUAAUGAUCCCAAAGCAAAGAUUGCUAUACCUGAAUCAUUAAUUCCGACAGAAAAACAUAAUUUUUUAUUUGGAGAAUAUUCUAUUGAAAUGGAAAUAGAAGAGUUUAAUAAUGAAUUAGAAGCUGAAAAAAGUGAAGAAGAGAAAAUGAAUGAAUAUAAAAAGUUUUUAAAAGAAUCAAAGGCACGCAUUUUUAUGAGAGGAGAGGAUCCAAAUGAAAAUGAUUUGGAAGAAAUGGCUUUAAAAAGUGAUAAGAUAUUCAGCAAGUUUAUGAAAAUUAUUAAGCAUAAUCCUGAUCAGAUUGUUCGUUACCAGAGAGGAGGAAUGCCUUUAUGGAUAUCAUCUUCAAAUACACCAACUCAAAUUCCAAAAUGUCCGUGUGGUUCAGAAAGACAGUUUGAAUUUCAGAUAAUGCCACAACUUUUGAACUAUUUGGAUGUAGAUAAUGUCAAGGAGAGUAUAGAUUGGGGAAUUCUUGCAGUAUAUACGUGCAUUCGAAGUUGUGAGUUCGGAGUCGCUUAUAAACCCGAAUAUCUAUGGAAACAAGAUUUUGAUCACAUAAUACACACAAAUGAAGAAAAAUCAGAAGUUAAUGAUAAUUGAAAAUAACAAUCAUUGUAAUAUUGUUGUUGAAAGAUUAAACAAAAUUUCAAAUUAUUUUAAUAAAAUUAUUUACAUUUAAAUCGUCUUUGUGGUUGUCUUUGUAAU